AUGUACAGUCAACAUGGAAAUACUCAGUCACACCAUCAGCAAGCCGUAGUACCGAGAACCGAUUACCAUAGCGUUGGGCGUAGUGAAUAUCCUCCUCCACCUGAAGGAUACUAUCCUCAACAUCAUCCUAUAUAUUACGAUUAUCAUCAUCCCCCACCACACUUUGCCACAUAUCUCCCAACAACAAUGAAUCCAAAUGUACCAGUACCACAUUCGGAUGAAUAUCAAGACCGUAAUUCAAAAAGAACAAAACCGAAUAAUGCUGAUACAUCUGCAACGACUUAUGAAGCCAAUGAUAAGAAUAAAAUUCUCUCUCCCGCUAAGAAUUCAAUACCUGUAUUAUCAAAUCCACGAAUAAGGUAUAGGAAAGAUCGUUUCGGUACCUUUGACGUUACAGCCGGAGAGGAGGAGGACAAAAGAACAUAUAAGUUGAUAGUUUGUCAACAGCCGCUACGUGCUCGUAUGUGCGGUUUCGGCGAAAAAGAUCGACGUCCAAUCGAUCCACCGCCGAUCGUACAGUUAGUGGUGAAUGACGAAAACGGAAAUCUGGAUUCCAGUAUGUUACAGAAUCCAUUUUUCGUCCUUCAUGUCACCCUGUGGUCUGAAGAUUGUAAAGAGGAACGCAAUGUAAUUAGCAACCCACCCAAAAUCACGCGCGUACUUAUGGGUUCUCUUGUUUCAUCUCCGGCCAUUCUAAAAAAUACGGAUGGAGAACCGGGCUGUUACUUUUGUUUUCCUGAUCUUUCUAUACGUACGGAAGGCAAAUAUACACUAAAAUUUUCACUAAUGAAAUUAGGAACCGAAGACCGUUUGAUAAAUACAAGAACAGACAUUAUUUCUACUGCAUUCUCAAACCCGUUUACUGUAUAUUCGGCCAAGAAAUUUCCCGGAAUGACUGGUAAGGUUGAUUACAGACAUUAUGAUCACUUUUCAUCAAUUAAAAGUAAUUUGAAUGCUUUCGAUAAUACAUUAGAAUCUACAGAGCUUUCGAAAGCCUUUGCAAAACAAGGUUUAAAGAUUCCCAUUCGAAACGACGUUCGACCAAGAAAAGUCGCCGAGGAUUGA